AUGAGUCUUCAUUCCCCUGAUGCUACUGUUAUUAAAAGGUCCAAAUUAAUUAUUAUCGACGAAGCCACAAUGAUGACUAAAUACGCUUUACGCUGUAUCGAUAGAUUACUUAAAGAUAUAAUGCAAACACAGUUCCCAUUCGGUGGUAAAGUUAAAUUAUUGAGCGGCGAUUUUAGGCAAACUUUACCUGUCAUUCCAAACAGUUUAAAAGCAUAUAUUAUUAAAUCGUGUCUUAAGUCUUCUGAUUUAUGGGUUUAUUUUAAAGUUAUCCACCUGAAUGAAAAUAUGCGGUUAUCUUCUGAAGAUGUUGAGUAUAAUUCCUGGCUUUUGAAUGUUGGAGAAUCUUUAUCAAAUGUUUCCAAUCCUUUAUUCCCUCCAGAUUCGAUUGAAAUCCCAAAUUCAUUAUUAGAAAAAUCAUUAAUCAAAUCAAUAUAUGGAGACUCCAUACAAAUAUCUGAUAUUAACCUAUUUUCAAAAAAAAUUAUAUUAACCACUAAAAAUAACAUAGCCCUAAAUUUAAAUAACGAAAUUAUUCAAAAACUAUCAGGAAAUUCUAAGAUAUAUUUUAGCGCUGAUUCUAUACAAACAGAUAAUCCUGAGGAUUUACUUAAUUUCCCCAUUGAAUUUCUUCAUUCUCAAACCCCAUCAUGA